CGGCGGUGUUUUGCUCAGCCGUAAAGCAGAACGUGUGGAUCGGAGGAAGGUUAAAGUGACUUCUGAUAAACACGCACCAUGCCUUUCGUUGACCUGCAGUCGCGGCUCGGCCUGGACUUGGACCGCUGGAUGCUGCUGCAGAGCGGCUCCCAGCCCAACCAGCGGGCAUCACGCUGCCACGCCUUCGAGAAGGAGUGGGUCGAGUGCUCCAGCGGCAUCGGGCAGACCCGCGCCAAGAAGGAGUGCCACGUGGAGUUUGAGGACUUCUACGAGUGCAUGCACAGGCAGAAGACGCACCAGAGGCUGCACGAGAUCCGUAAGCAGCGUGACAAGAUGAUAAAGGAGGGGAGCUACACGGCGCCCACCUGCCACUCAGGCAAGACAGACACUUCACCAUGAGGGAACACAACGCUGUCCGCAGUUCUGCUCUUGUGUAUAUUAAACCAGAUAUUAACUAUUUCCACGUCACCUGUACAAGUUUUCAAAUAAAUGUUAUCAUUCACUGUC